AUGGGAUCGAGCGCAAAGAAGAAGAGAGAAAAGAAGAAAGACUUUCAGAAACAGAAAUUGAAAGUCGGCAAGACACGACCCAAGGCUGAUAAUCACACCGAUACGAGCUUCCGAGCCAAAGCCAUUGUUCUGAACCAGCAGCUCGACGUCGCCGCACCAACUCAAUCGGCGGUAUUUCUCCAUCAAGUAUCUCUGCUCAAUUCACGUUCCGAUGUCCAAAGGAAAGAUGCACUCGCCUAUUUGACAAAUUACACUGCAUCAAGCUCUUCAGAGGAAGCCUUGCCAAUUACCACCAGUUCGCUUCUCGGCAGCAUCUUUCCUCUCAUCCUAGACGGCUCCUCUGGAGUUCGAAAUCAGCUGCUCAAGUUGUCGCACGCUUUGCCGAAAGAAGACGUCCGAGACCAUGUCAGCAGGGCUCUACCAUACGUGCGUGCCGGAAUGACACACCUUUCUCGAGAUGUCCGUGCCACGGCCAUCGACUUUCUAUCCUUUCUGAUACGGAUCGCGGGAACGGAACUUGUAUCAUGUCCGGGGGAUUGGCACCAAACUCUGGAAUGCUUUACGACAGUUCUCGGAUGGAGAUCAGCCUCUAGCAAAGCUUCAUUUGCUGGAGACGUCAGAUCUACGGCUCGCAUCAUAAACGUCCUCUCUGACUUUUUGCAGGCGGGUCUUCUCACGGACAAGCUAUCUUCUUCCGAGCCGAACUCACUGGUAACAGAUUUCCCCUUGUGGCGGGUUGAGACACUCCUCGUCCCGACAAAGUCGAGUGCAUACGCUCAUCUGAAUCUCUUUGGUCCGCAAGCAGAGGAUGACAGUCAGAUCCUUGACGAGCAGGAGGAUAGAUUACAAAACUUCACCCGCCAUUUUCGAGACCCCGUCUUGGCAGGUAUUGAGGCAGCCAGGAAAGAGGGUGGAGAGCUGGGCCGUGCCGCCGGCUUGGUGGUCAAGACAAUGGAACGUGCACAGAAUACUUGA